AUGGCUGAUGAUUUAGGUGAUGAUGAUUUCUAUCUUCAAGAAGAAAUUCCACCUGAAAAUAAUGAUAUAACUGAUAAAAAAGUUAAAACAAAAAAAAACAAACAAAAAAUUUUACCAAAACGACCUCCAGGAACUUAUUCUGAUUUAAUAACAACAAUUCGUAUUCAUUAUAAAAAAUCCAAAAGUCAAUAUGAACUUGAUGAACUUCUUUCAAUCUUUAAUGCAUCAAUAUCAGCUUCAUCACCAUCAACAUCUACAAUAUCACUUGAUGAAUAUUUAAAUGAAUUAAUUUCAAUAAAUAAAUGGUCAAAACAAGCUGAUCUUUCAUCAGCACCAAUUGUUUUAAUUAUUGCACAAUCUGCAUUACGUUGUAUUGAAUUAGGAAAAAUCUUAAAAAAUUCUUCAUCAUCAAAAUUAUUUACAUUUCAUUAUUUAUUUGCUAAACAUAAAAAAGUUUCUGAUCAAAUUGAAUUAUUAAAAAAGCCAACAACAUUAUUUAAUAUUAUUAUUGGAACACCAAAACGUAUUGAUGAUAUUCUUGAUGCACAUGUAAUUAAUCUUAAACGAUUAAAAUUUAUUUUAAUUGAUUGGAAUUAUCAAAAUAUAAAACAACAACGUUUAAUUGAUUUAAAUCAAUUAAAAAUUGAACUUUCUCAUUUGUUAUGUGAACAAAAUGUUUUAUAUAAACGUUUUUUUAAAGAAAAAACUAAAAUAGGACUUUUUUGA